AAAAAUCUUUCUGUCAAACCAGACAGUUUAUUAAUUCAUUUAAUAAAAUUAUAUCGACCCUAAUAUAGAAUAUUACAAAAAACAAUGGUUGAUAAAAGCACCACACUAAUUUCACUGCCUCAAAUGGUAGAUUUGGCACUGAACUCUCCAGAGGUGGGAAUAGUAAAUUUUACUGUACUCCAUUCCCUGUUGCACGUUAUUGUCAACCAACUGGAUCUUGGUGAGGUGAAUGUUGAGUUUCGUGGUAGUGAUAGUGAAAGGCUCCAAAACUAUAUAUCUACUGCCAGACCUGGACCUAUAGUUACGUUAACUGAGUACACUAUUGGUGCUGAUGGAAAAAGCACAAAGAAGAAAACCAGGCGUACAAAUAAAGGAAAAGCUGAAGAGGAGAAGGGUCAAAAAGAUGAAUCUCAAAAAGAAAAAGAAAUAGCCAUCAUUAAAAAAGAAACUGAUUCUACAGUACCAGAAACAGGUUCUGGAUCGUUUCAAACUAUAGUAGUGGUGGAACCGGCUUCAAGAGAGAAAGUAGCAGACGCGCCCAAAUUUGCCAUAGCCAUAACCAAAGAACAACUGAACAAACUACAACAUGACAUUAAAGAGCUUCAAAGACAAGUAAAGGAGUUAACAGAAAUGCCCGGAAGCAUUGGUCUGAUAGAAGCAAUUAGGACAAGCAAAGAGGGAAGUGCCACCCCAUUACUGGACAUGUUUCAGAUUCUAACAUUGGUGAAGAGACUAGACGCUACAGAGGAAGCCAUGAACAAACUGGCGAGCAUGAUGGAAGAGCUUGCUAAAGGACAAGCCAGUUUAGCAAUGGAACACAGUCGAAUACUAUCGGAGGACCAUACAAACGAUAUAGUAUCACCCUCCAGAGAAGUUGUUGAGCUGUUAGUCAAGUCACAAGAGCUGCGACAUUCGUUGGACGGCACUAUAGGCGGUACCGCCCAAAUCCAGGACCUAUCCGAACAAGUACGAAAUAUACAGGAGAGAGUCACACUGUUGGAACAGCGAAGAUCUAGACUGAGCGCGACAUAUAGUGGUGGUAGUGCCGGUGGUGGUAGUGCCGGUAGUGGUAGUGCCGGUGGUGGUAGUGCCAACGAAGAACAAACGAAACCAAAGAAGAAAAGGGUGUCUAUCGAAUCGGAUAAAGAGGUGGAGUUAGGUAAUACUGAACCUGUCGGAACUGGGUUCAAACUGGAAGGUGAUAUUGACUUUGACAGCACGGAGUUGGCAGAAGUGCCACCUAUGCAAGCCAUAGCCAUUCUGCAAAGGGAACUUAUCAAUCUGAAGGAAAGCUUUCUUGCCAACGAUUCGGGCGUUCAGGCGUUGAGGGAAGUUUUGGAGUUAAAAGAUGCCUUAAUUUCGUCUACUGAAAAGUCGGACAAAAUGCCAGCAGAUGUCAGAAUAGGCCAGAUAGAUUUGCGAGUUAAUGAACUGAAGGAACAAGUUUCUACGCUGGAUACAGUCUAUCAUCAACAGUUCAGCAAAAUAAAGGACCAAGCUGAACACCUAGAAAAAGAAAUAGCCUCUGUAUGGGAACGUAUCAAAUCAGGUUUGCCUGGUGGUGAUACACACGGCAAAAUCGACAGUCACGAAAUCACAGAACUCUACAACAAAUUGGUAGCUUUACAAGAAGACAUGUCGACCAUAACAGAAACCGCCCAAAAGCUGGUGUCUGAAAGAGAAGGACGACAAACUACUUUGGAAGUAAUGGCAGAACAAAUCGAAUUACUGAAAACUGUCAAAGCUGAUAAGGAAGAUCUGGAGGAUGCUCUGGCUGAUAAAGCGGAUGCCUGCCAAAUUAACAGAAAGGUGUCACAUGAGCAGUUCGAUGCAGCCUAUGACGAGCUUACGAAAGCAUUGGAAGAAAAUUUGGACAAACUGAAGACUCAAGAAGAACUCUGGAUACAAUCGCUGAACGAUAUUCAAAAAGAAAUCGGCAACAAACUGGACAAGAUGGAACUACUGCCACUGAAAGAUUUCAUCAACGCAAAAUUGAAAGAAAUUCAGGAUAAAGUCAAGAAAAUAUCAGCCCUACGACAGGAAACCGAAGCUGCAGGUGCCAAAAGCAAAAUAUUAAGAAACGUCAACUGUAUUUCGUGUGAUGCCAACGUUAUAAUGAGGAAACAAACAGAUAUAACUCUAUUCCCUAAACCAUACGCGAUGCCCCCAACCAAAAACCCAGGACCGUACUUGGCAUAUGAGAUGGAUUUGUUGAGGAAACAACAAAAAACCAUACCCAGUACCAAAAAUCUGAGCAUGUUCGAAGGUGCACUUCAAUUUGCCAAGAGCAAACAGGCAGAAAAAGACCAUCUGUGCAAUCGUUACUGCGGAGGUAGCCACACCGUCACAACGCCACAACAAAGAGUGAUGCGCGUCGGACAUUUUAUGGAGCAAUGGGGCCCGGAAAUAUCUCCAGUCAACGAAACGAUGAUCAAAGGAAAAGACGGACAUCUGUAUAAAGGUAGAGAUGAUACCGCUUUGAGAGCUCUGGCCAAUGAAAAACCCCCAGGUGCUAAGGUAGAGGCUCCGGCUAUGGUAAUAACCGAAUUUGGCAGCAAAGACGCAAAAGGGGACAGACCUAAUAGAUCGGAGUCAGGGACGUUAGCAAAGAGAGAGAGACUGUCUUCCAGACCAAAAACUAGCGUUGAAAAAUUACUUGAAGAACCAACUGGCAUAAGACCUUCAACCGGUGUAAAGGCGGUACCUGAAGAACAAAAUGCCUUAGGACCCUCAUCUGGUGUAAAGAAAGUAACCGAUGACCAAGCUGCCGGCAGAUCUUCGACCGGUAUAAAACAGUCAGUUCAUAAAUCUGAUUCAAAAUCGAUUCCAACUUCAUCCGAUACUAACUAAAUUCUAACUAAAUAAACCUUUUCAUAACAUUUUA